AAGUAUCUUGGAUGGCUUGUCUUCUGAAAAAAUAAGACGUUCCAGAAUGGCGUUGUACUUUGCCUGCCCCUGGCCAUGGAAGUAACCUUUUCUUGGAGGAGCUCUGGUUUCUUUGAAGAGAGACCUACUUUUGAUGCAGUGUAAAGAGUGAUGAUUUCAAAAGAGGCUCCACGGAGGUGUAUCUUUGGGCAGCGGGCAGUGUUUGUUGAAUGAAAUGGCAGGAAGGGUCCCUGGGGCCAGCUUUUCAUGCACAAAGGAGCUAACAGGGUAUCAGCCACCAUCAGAGCUACGUGGCCGAGUCACAAGGGCAAGGCACUGGGAGACCAUCCCCAGGGUGUGACCUUUGGAAAGUCAGGCCCUCGCCCUGGCAUCCCUUCCAGCGGGACACUCUGCGGCUCCAGGUCUGUGGCUGCCAGACUUAGGAGAUGGAUGGGCUUGGGGAGCCGAAGGGAGCCUUGGAGGAGGAGCAGGACCAGGCAGACCCCCAGGACAGUAGGGAGUCCACAGCUGGGUGGUUCUAAGCCACCGGGUGCAUGAAAGGCCACGGGAUGCUGGUCCUGCUGCUGCAUGCGGUGGUCCUCAGCCUGGCCAGCGUCUGGGCGGAGGAGGCCUGCACGCGCACCUGCCCCACCGCCUGCGCCUGCAGCAGCACCGAGCGCGGCUGCUCCGUGCGCUGUGACCGCGCCGGCCUCCUGCGGGUGCCGGCCGAGUUCCCGUGCGAGGCGGCUUCCAUCGACCUGGACCGGAACGGCCUGCGCUUCCUGGGCGAGCGGGCCUUCGGCACGCUGCCGUCGCUGCGCCGCCUGUCGCUGCGCCACAACAACCUGUCCUUCAUCACGCCCGGCGCCUUCAAGGGCCUGCCGCGGUUGGCCGAGCUGCGCCUGGCGCACAACGGGGAGCUGCGCUACCUGCACGCGCGUACCUUCGUCGCCCUCGGCCGCCUCCGCCGGCUCGACCUGGCCUCCUGCCGCCUCUUCACGGUGCCCGAGCGCCUCCUGGCCGAGCUGCCCGCCCUGCGCGAGCUCGCCGCCUUCGACAACCUCUUCCGCCGCGUGCCCGGCGCGCUGCGCGGCCUGGCCAACCUGACGCAUGCGCACCUGGAGCGCAGCCGCAUCGAGGCGGUGGCCUCCAGCUCACUGCAGGGCAUGAGGCGCCUGCGCUCGCUCAGCCUGCAGGCCAACCGCGUCCGUGCGGUGCAUGCGGGCGCCUUUCGCGACUGCGGCGCCCUGGAGCACCUGCUGCUCAACGACAACCGGCUGGGGGAGUUGCCCGCGGAAGCCUUCGUAGGCCUGCGCCGCCUGCGCACGCUCAACCUGGGUGGCAACGCGCUGGGCCUCGUGGCGCGCGCCUGGUUCGCGGACCUGGCGGAGCUUGAGCUGCUCUACCUGGACCGCAACAGCAUCGCCUUUGUGGAGGAGGGCGCCUUCCAGAACCUCUCGGGCCUCCUCGCUCUGCACCUCAAUGGCAAUCACCUCACUGUGCUGGCCUGGGCCGCCUUCCAGCCUGGCUUCUUCCUGGGCCGCCUCUUUCUCUUCCGCAAUCCGUGGCGCUGUGACUGCCACCUGGAGUGGCUGCGGGACUGGAUGGAGAGCUCUGGGCGCGUGUCCGACGUGCCGUGCGCCGCCCCGGGCUCUGUGGCUGGCCUGGACCUCAGCCAGGUGGCCUUUGGGCGCUCUUCCGAUGGCCUCUGUGUGGAUCCCGAAGAGCUGAACCUCACCGCAUCCAGUUCAGGCCCGUCCCCAGAGCCAGAGGCCACCACCGUGAGUAGGUUCAGCAGCCUCCUUUCCAAGCUGCUGGCCCCGAGGGCCCCAGUGGAGGAGGUGGCCAACACCACCGAGGGGCCGCUCAACAUCUCCCUGUCCGACAGCCUUCCCUCCGCCGGGGUGGUCGUCUGGGUCCACAACGCCCGGUUUCUCCUCGGCUCCGGUCUCCUGCUCAGUGUGGCCCAGCACGCGGUGUUUGUCCUACACGUGGACUGACCUUGCCCCAGUGGGGUAGCCCAGAUUGACUUGGCCA